UCUCUUUCUCUCUCUCUCUCUCUAUCUUUCUAUCCCCUUGUUUCUUCAAAAAAAGAAAAAAAAAAACAAAAAAAAACGAAAAAAAUCACAUACGUACAGACACGGACACAGAUACGUGACGUUACAUAUUAAACAUUUUUCCUUCCUAUUUCAUUCAAAUAUUUCAUUCCUUCGUUUAAAUCGGUACGUUCCGUGUGUUUGAUCAUUAUCGAGAUAAAUUCGCGAGGAACGAUGAUACGUCGUUGUUAACUUUCGAUUAUUUUCGUUAAGGAAACAGAAGUGAUUCGAUGAUCAGUCAAAUGCGUGGGAGUUGACGGUGAACGUGCCAAUUUUCGGAGGGACAAUCCUCGACACAACCAAUCCCACGUAUCUACUGUUCCAAUCGAUAUCGGCUCUCGGUAGAUGAGCUCUCGAAAGAGAAGUUUCGACGAACAAGAAGUGGAGACGAACACCGCAAAAACCCGUCGUGUGACGUGCGAACGCGUGAAAACCGCGCGACAGGAUGAUAUCCAUCUAGUACUUUGAUUUGCAUCGAAUCGUUUCUACGGUGUCAUCGGUGUUAUUGCGGCUCCGAUGCAACAGGUUACUUCUUCGGAAUACGUACGUCACGGUAUUACUGCAUUUCCGCGAUCGUCUCUCUACACGGAAAAGUGAUAAUUGAUAUAAUUCGCGUAUGCGCGAUUACGAUUUUCGUUUAAUUCGAUUUACGUAUAUAUUAUUAUAAUAAUGUCGCGUGACAUAUCGUGAAUAACUCUUUUGUGCCACUCCGUGUAAAUCCGUAGGAGCAGACGGUGUCGCUGUGAACUCGAAAGAAAAAGAUUUAGAAAAAAGAAACACGAGAAACGAAAAACGAGAAAAGAAAUCAGGAAAAAAGCAACGAAUUCUCCCGAAUACUCGCGACAAACGCGAGAAUCGAGAUCGAAAGGAAUGUGAUGUGAUAAUUCGCGAAUUACUUCGAUAUUGUUAUCGAUGGAUAUCAUUCGAUGUAAUCUCCAAGAAUCUGAAGAAGGAAAACUAUCGAGAAAGGAUGCAUCGUGAUUGAAUUCGAAAAGAAAAGUUUUCUUUUUUUUUCUUCUUCUACCCUUACUUCUACUUCUACUUCUACCACUACCACUACCACUACCACUACACUACUACUAUUAUUACUACUACUGCAACUACUGCUACUACACUACACUACUAUUACUACUACUACUACUACAAUUUGUGCUGCUUCCUCGUCAACUUCAUCGCCGUCAUCAUCCUGUCGUCCAUCCUCGAAGAUGCAGCGACUACUCGGACUAUCCUCCUUUCUGCUCCUAACUUUAACGUUCUCGGUGAUUUCAGUCGAGUGCCACCUGAUCGAUGGGAUCUUUACAGAACCGACCUUAGAGCCAGGUUACAAUCUUGUUGCUACCGUUCCACGGGGUGCAGUGGCAUUGAACGUGACCGAGUUACGCCAUACGCAAAAUUAUUUGGCGAUCAGAUUGCAAAAUGGCAGUUAUUUGCUCAACGGGAACUACAGCAUCAAUUGGUCCGGCGAAUACAACGCAGCUGGCACAACAUUCUCAUACAUCCGGCAGAGCUCACAAAAUUUGGAAAGUUUCUCGGCUGCAGGACCAUUGCACGAACCCAUCGAUGUUAUGGUGUUGUAUCAAGAGCCCAAUCCUGGUAUAGUGUACCGUUAUAUCAUUCCUGGAAGUAGUGCCAGUGCACCGAGCAACUCUCAUCUCACUCGCAAUACAGUUUUAAAUAGACCGAUCGAAGCAGCGCCAGCAAGUACCUCGCUCAGAAAAGCGGACAGCACGAGCACGACAGCAACUAUAGACGACGUCGCAACGAACGCCUCGUAUGUUCCGAGGCGAUACAAGAAACGAAAAUUUGCAUGGAAACCGGCCGGUUACACGGAAUGCAAUAAAUCCUGUGGCGGAGGUAUCCAAACGUUGAAAUAUGCGUGUGUACGAGAACACACGCAGACUCAGGUCUUCGAUAAGAGAUGUCACACGUUGGAGAAACCACGAGAGAUUCGAUUAAGGUGCAACACCAAUCCCUGUCCCCCAACAUGGAGACCAACCGCAUGGAGCCCAUGUUCAGUCAGCUGCGGUACCGGCGUACGUACACGAGAUCUGGAAUGCGUUCAAGAGAUCAGAUCGACCUUAACGGUAAUCGUAUCCGAGGGUGCUUGCAUGGAGCCAAGAAAUUUACCUAUCAGCGAGAUGUGCAAUGAGGCACCUUGCGAGGAAGCUACAAGAAUACCGGAAGCACAGUCUUUCAACUGGAACGUUGGAUCUUGGUCCGAGUGUUCGACGACGUGUGGGGUAGGUAAAAGAACAAGGCUCGUAACGUGCGAACCACAGGAAUACCUUUGUAACGUAGCGGAGAAACCGAUUUCUCAAGAGGUUUGCGACUCGGGUCCUUGUACCGUGAAAUUUUCUUCUACCAAUGCAAUUUCGUCGACCGAACCACGGGUAACCUCUCAAUGGCUUUAUACCGAAUGGCCUGAACAGUGUUCCGUUGAAUGUGGUCUCGGCAUGCAAAGCAGAAGAGUCUUUUGUGAAAAAGAUUCCGAGGAGGAGUGCGAUCCAACGACUCGUCCGGAAACAUCGAGAUCUUGUUCGAGUAAUAGAACCUGUAGCGGACAAUGGUUUGUCGGUCCUUGGUCUGAAUGCUCGUCACAUUGUGAUUUUGGCGAACAAAUCAGAGAAGCCGUUUGCGUGACUAUACUCCGUGGUGCUCUUCGUGUCGUCCUCGAUAUGAAUUGUCCUGCGAAUAAACCGGAAACGAGGAAAUCUUGCAGAGGUCCUCCUUGCACGUUUGCUUGGUUUACGUCCGAUUGGAGCGAGUGUUCUCGAUCCUGUGGCAAGGGUUUGCAAAAAAGAGAAGUCAAGUGUUUGUCACCGGAAAAUCAAUCAAACGAGUAUCAUCAAGUAGUUCGUUGCGACGAGGACGAACGACCAGUUUCCCGACGAAUUUGCAAUGAUUAUCCCUGUAAAAACGAUACUCAUGGUCCUGAGAAUGUACCAAGAGUGUCACAGGUUCAGGACGAUCCAGAGAUAUAUAAUGGUCUCGAAGAGAAUCCAUUCUGCAAAGAUAACAUACCAAAUUGUGCUUUGGUGAUCCAAGCUCGUCUCUGCACUUAUCAAUUUUAUCAACGAUCUUGCUGUCUUUCUUGUUCUAGAGCUAAACACGAACCGGAAUGAACGGAUAAUUGCAAUUGAAAGAUAUUGAAUUUAUAAAUAAUUCGGCGAUAAAUAAGCGCGAACGAAAUUGUUUGGAAAAAUUUGGUUGAUCCGUUAACGGAUUUUAACAAUUCCACGAUCGUUGAAGUAUGCUAAUAAUUCGUAAAUCGGCGAAACACGAUGGCUAUCAAUAUUCCGUCUUCCAAUUACGAAAACUUGGUAGUUUUUAGUAAAAAAAUAUGCUUUGUACGUUUGCUCAGUGGCUUAGUCAUAAUCCAUUCUGUCUUUGUCAAAACAUGCGAUCUCACGCUAAGAACGAAACGUUAAAUGACGCAUUUCAACUAUCAAUUGACGAUCCUUAUGACUUUGCAAAUUCUUCAUACAUUCGAGGAAUCGUUCACUGUCAAAUAUUUUUCGUACGACGCGAGUAAGACUCGUAUAAGUAAUAUGUUCAAACACGUUUAAGACGUUUAAUUAAACACGUGGAAAAAUAUUUCAAGAUUCGAGACUGAUCGCGCGUAAUUUGAAACGAUGAUGAAAAUCAAAAUGUGACGUUACAUUGCUUUU